CCAAAUCGAAAGUUGAGGUCCAAAAAGGCAAAAGGGUGUGUCGUAAUUUUUAGUCUCUUCUCUGGUGGCUAAAGGCGUCACGGAACAGAACAAUCGAGAAGAGCCAGCCGGCCUCUAAAGUCUCUUACCUUGAAUCGGAAUCCAUGGCUGUUCAAGCCGGCGUUCAGACCUCCAAAGUUCUCAUCUUGCUCGGCGCAGGGGUCUCUGGUUCGAUUGUACUGAGACAUGGGAGGUUGUCUGACCUAAUAGCGCAGCUUCAAGAAUUACUCAAAGGUGCUGAAGGAGUUGAAAGCACACCUUUUAGUUAUAAGUAUGAUAGUGCCGCCCUCGCUGCUCAGAUUCGACAGCUCGCAAAUGAAAUCAAAGAACUAAGUACGAUUAAUCCUGUUACCAUAUUUAACGGAGAUUCAAACAACAGUGGCUAUGCUUCUUACCUGGUUCCAGCGGCAGCCGUUGGAGCUAUGGGAUACUGUUACAUGUGGUGGAAGGGUUGGUCAUUUUCGGAUGCAAUGUUUGUGACAAAGAAAAAUAUGGCUAAUGCAGUUGCAUCUUUUUCAAAACAACUAAACGACUUGCAGGAAUCACUAGCGGUUAAAAAAAAAAGAGAAGACAUUUUCUCAAAACGUCCCUUGCUUGUUAUAUAUAUUAUCCUGGUUUAUGACUUUGUGUAUUUGCUUAUGCAGUCAACAAAGAAACAUCUUUCUAAGGAGCUAUCGAAAUUGGAUUGGAAGGUGGAAGAGCAGACCGAGAUAUCUAAAAUGAUUCUAAGUGAUGUAACAGAUGUGAAAUCAAGUAUUUCACAACUUGGGUUUGACUUUCAACAAAUUAAUGAAAUGAUAUCCGGAAUAGAAGGGAAGAUUGACAGUCUUGAAAGCAAACAAGAUGUGACACUCUCAGGACUAUGGCAUUUGUGUCAAAUUGCAGGAGUUAAAGACAGCCCGGCCACUAAAGUCAUUCAGGAUGUUGGUGCGAGACUACCUAUCGAUGCAAAACCAUCAUCUAACAAUUCUCUUUCGGGUCUGCGGUUCCUAACAGAAGGAGAGGAGGGUGUAAAUGUAAUACACAACAAGCCUCUUUUGGAGAAAGAAAGCCCGUUGGUGGUGGAGGAGAAAACAAAAGCUGCCAUGGUGACAAGAACCAGAGUUCACAGAGCGUUUCCCGGUGGAAUAUCUUGGGUACAAGACCUUACCAAACAAUCAUAAAACACAUUUUUGGGGAUUUUUUCUUACAAAGAAUUUACUUUAUAUGGUCCCAACUUGUGAUACUGAUACUGGGACUCGCAAUUAUUUAUCUGUAAGUAAGCAAACUAUACACAUAUUACAUUCAUCAACGUUUUUGUUGGUUGCCCUUAUUGUUUGUGAAAGAAAGAGUGUGAAACACGUAUGUUUGAAUGAGAAUAAAGUGAUACGUGGAUUUGUUCUAA